AUGGCAGCUGUUUUUUGCUGCAAUGAAAAUGGAACCUUUGAUUAUUUGGACCAGGACAACAAUGAACAUGUUGAGUUGGAGGCACUUUCACCGAAUAAUGGGGAGCACUGCAGGGGAAAGACUUCCUGUGGAGAUGCAAAACCCACCAAAGGUACCAAGCCAGAGCCUUCUGCAUGCAGUGAUCCUAAGAAACCUGAACCUACUACAUGCAGUGAUCUAAAGAAACCUCUACCUACAUCAUGCUCAAACGAUCCGGAGAAAUUCGAACCCAUUGAAGAUUCAGGGAAAUCUGAACCAGCCAAUACCAUUAAAUCGGAACUGAUUACAGCAAAACAAUCUGUACAAGAGAAGACUGAAUUUCCUAAUGUGGUAAAUGCUCAUGUUGAAAGUGCUAAAGAAGACAUUCAUGACAUAUCGAAAAAUUUGGGACCAUCAACUGUUUUGUUGAAAGAAAAAUCUCUGACAAGAAUUAAGAACAAAUCACCUGAAAAGAUUGUUGAGAAUGAGGAUACGACAUCAGAAAAGCAUGACAAGAAACCCGAAACAAGACCUAAAUUCAGAAGCAGGUUUCCCAAAGCUAGACCAAAUAUUGCAAACAUUGGAAGGCCUGAAAACAGGAAAGCCUCACAUGUGCCCCCAGCUGUCAUCUCCAUACCACAGAAAGAAGUUGAUGUAGCUGCAGAGCUAGAGCCAGUUCCAGAUGCAGCCAGUACAAACAAGACUGUGGACGAGGCCUCACUGAGUGUGACAACCGAUGUGGAGUGCACAGUACAGGCUGAACCAAGGGAUGGAGACCAUGAAGACCACCCUCAGGUGCCAGAGGACAAGGAUGAUCUGGGGGCGAGUCCUUGCAAAUCCGAACCCAAGCCUCCUGAAAGGAUGGAGAAGUCUAUCUUUGAAAAACCUGUUGUGCCAAUACUGAAACAAGAUAAGAAGCCAGUUGUCAAACAUUUAUGUCCAAAGAAGCGAAAACAACUACCUCCAAUUAAUGCUCCCCCAGAUCGGGCCACCAUGAAGAUGAUUGAUCUGAUCUACUGGAACCCAUCAAGUAAUCCCAUGACUAAGAAGCUAGUUCCAGGCAAGCCUAAGGAGGUGUGUGUGACUGACUUAACAGCUGCCACUGAGGAGGAGAACCGAGUGGACACUCCAGGGGAUGACGGUAGUGAAGACUCACACCCUGUACCACAGGUCAAGAUCGGACCAGAUGGCCAAAUCAUCCUUAACGAGGCCAGUUUGGUAGUGGACAACAAGACCAGCAAUGAGCCAAUGGAAGCUGAUGUUAUUGAGGAGGAUGAGAGCACUGUCAACUAUAAGAGCUUCCGAGAGAAGAGGCCCAAAACAUCCUGGACUGAAGUCGAGACUGUCAAGUUCUACAAGGCUCUCAGUACAGUGGGGACUGACUUCUCUCUCAUGCUACACCUUUUCCCAAGUCGAACACGCCGAGAAAUCAAGAACAAAUUCAAGAAAGAGGAGAAGUUGCACAGACGAGAAAUAGAUAAGGCAAUCCAGAACCGGACUGCCUUCAACAUGACAGACUUCGAGCGUCUUCAGGAGGAGGCGGAGGAGGAACAUCGGCUAAAGCUGGAGAAGGAUCUCAUCAAGAAGGAGAAGGGUCAGCGGGGAAAGAAGCGGAAAUCAGGCGGUGAUGAAAUCAAGGAGAACAAGGCAGUCAAGACGCGCAGGCGAAAGAAAAAAAAGACUGUGUUUCACGAAGAUGAAGAUGAUGAUCUUGAUGAUGCCGAGAGUUUUAGGUCAGAAGUUGACAGUAACAAGAAGCCAGCCAGCAGUCGGGUGAAGGAGGUGGUGGAGAUUCUCAUGGACAUGAGCAGAGGGAAGCUGUCAGCAGCCACCCAGGGUCAAGGUGAAGGUCACAAUGACAUCAGUGAUGCUGAGAGUGAGGUGCCUAGUGAAGCACCAAGUGAAGCAGUGAGUGUUACCUCUGAUGUGUUUGUGCCCAAAAGUGUAAGGACUACCUGGAAUAAAGAGAAAACUACAUGCAAUAUUGAAGAAGACAGGACAAUUGAUAACAAAAUCCCAACAACAGAUGUUGCACCCUCAGGAGAUAUCGGUCAUCUAUUUGACAGUAUGUCCAACUCUGUGGUACCUAUUGCUGUUAAAUUUGAGGAGUCUGCUGCUGGCAAGUCUGGGGUGUCUGAUGCUGUCAAGUCUAAGGUGUCUGAUACUGCCAUGUCCUCAGCAAUACCUUCAGUGUCUUCCUCCAACUCCGGCAGUGUCCCUCACAGUACCCCGACACCUAGAGUUCCAGCAGUAUCCGUCAGUUCAGAUAAUGUGGGUGAUGUGCAACACAUUGAGAUCCCCGAGGCCUUACUGCAGGUCAUCAACACUGCAGAGAGUGCAGACAAGAUGCAGGUGGUGUUGGUGCAUGAUGUUGAUACAGAGUCAGAGCAGACUCUUGUCCAUGUGUAUAUAUUGCCCAAGACAGCAGAAGAGAUCUCAAUAGAUGGAAAUUCAGUGCAGCUAACACCUACCAAAAACAACCCUGAUCGUGCUCAAUGUGCACAAUCAAACAGGACUUCUCAGGGAAAUGCUUUUAAACAUGAACCAGUGUUUUCAGAACCAUCAACCUCUACAUCCAAACUGUCUAUGGCUUUGACUACUGUACCUCUUACUUCUGCCACCCCCCUCCCAGUCCAUAGCUUCAACCUCAAGUGCUAUUCCAUCAUCUCCACUCACCCCCUUUAGAAGACUUUCCUCCAAUACUGUCACUCUUGCACAGACUGCAGCUGUGUCAGCAGUGAAACAUUCAUCCCCAUCAUCACCGCCACUGUCCUCAACACCACACACAGCAGCAAUGUCGCCUUUCGGGUCAGAAAAACAGGACAUUGAAGGCAUGAACACUUUGACUUCACCUUCACACAGGGUAUGUUUGUUCAAGGAUGAUCUUGAUGAUGUGUCAGUAGAUGUCAAACCCACAGUGAAGAAGGAAUGAUUUGGGAAGGGAAUUCAUACACAAGAAAAUCAUGGGAAAGAAUUGUUCAUCUGUCAAGUCUUGACAUUCAAAUACAAUACUAUUCUUAUUUAAGAUACUGAUCAACGUAACUGUGAAACUAAAUGAAAUUUUUUACGUAUGGUAUUCACUUGGCAGAUUAUGGUUCUGUACUUCUUUUAAUUAGUUUAUCACUAUUAUGUUUUGAUUUUUAAAGGAAAACAUAUUUAUACAUUUUCCAGACAUCUUUAAACAAAAUAAAUUUUAUGUCAGAAUAA